AAUCAAGAUAAGGUCACACUCAAUUAGGGUGGGCCUUAUUCCAUGAGACUGGUGUCCUUAUAAGAAGAGGAGAAAAGACAUGGGUAGAAGACAGAAGAGAUGAUGUCAUGUGAUUAUGAAAGUAGGCCUGGGCGUGACGCAUCUGUAAGCUAAGGAUCACCAAGAAAUGCAACAUCAGAAGCUAAAGAAAGGCUCCGUCAGCCAUCAAGCUGCUCUGUUUCUAUGAUUGAGAGUUUUAGAUUCCAAAUGUGUUAACCUGAAUGUAGAUUAGCAGAGAAUUGGAGAGUUCCUGCAUCCAAACUGUGCAUAGAAGGGAAACCACUGUACAUGAUAUCACCAAUGGUUUGAGAAUUGGAAGAGACAGGAACCAAAUAGCUACUUGAACCAGGAUUUGUAAUCAAACAACAGUGCAUCUGAACAGCAGACAAAACCAGUACUUAUCAGCGAACUGGUUACCGUCUUCAAUGCGGAUAUUCUGGAGCAAUCUAUGUUCCCAAUGCAGAAGGGCUCCCUGAAUCUCCUGAGGCAGAAAUGGGAAUCCACCGAUUACCAGAAAAGUGAGUGUUGUCCUGGUGGCAGCCGGUGCAGACUUUUUCAAGCUCCAGAAAGCAAAUUGCUUGAACCUGAAGGAGAGGUAAUGCCAGAACCUGUAACCCCAGAUCCUCCAUGUCUGCCCUUCAGUGUAAGAGAAAAGAUACUGAGCUCAGAGCCUAUAAAGAGGGGCCUUGAGAGCAAGAGUAGCAACUCCAGGGAACACAGCUGGCCAUCAGUGCUGAAGGAUGACUUGUUGAGUGGUCGGCACCGGAUAGAGCACUUCUCCAUUGCCCUUGAUGAGCUGAGGAGUGUGUUCGAGGCUCCUCAGAGUGGAAACAGAUCACCCGGACCUGCUGAGUAUGUUCGAAAGGAAGUAGAAAUUGAGAGAAGUUUGUAUUCACCAACAUUUAAGAGUCAGCCUGAAAGCCUGUUUGAUGAUUCUGCGAAAGAUUCAGACAAGAAAAGCAAUGAAGCAUCUUUUGACAAGAUGUCACCUGAAAGUGGUCACAGCCACAUUUUUGAAGUGACUGCUGGCCCUCAUAAACCUGCAAGUGGAUUUGCAAAAGACUGUGCUGUGCAGAGUGAGGGUGUGUCAGACCUCCAGGAGGUGGUGUCCUUGAAGGAGCGGAUGGCGAGAUACCAGGCAGCUGUUUCCAGGGGUGACUGUCGCAGUUUCUCUGCCAAUAUGAUGAAGGAAUCAGAGACCUGCACAGUGCCGGGUGGUUUGGCUAGAGUGAAGAGACAGUUCGAGAUGGACAAAACUACUGCUUCCCGCAAAGCCCUUUCUCAGUAUCAAUACCAGCAUGAGAAUGUAUCUACAAAGGCAAGUCGACAUAGCAGGCAAGCAGACAUUUCAAGAAGACAGGAAAUGGAAAGAAAUGAACAAGAGCCUUCCAAAGCACACAAAAUUGAUGUUCUUGGAACAGAAAUGAUGUCUCAUCUUGAAAAACACACUGAGGAAAUAAACCAAGCUUCCAAGUUUCAACAAUGUGUUCAAGAAACAGUCAUUGACACACCUGAGGAUGAAGAGAUACCAAAGGUUUCUACUAAGUUUUUAAAAGAGCAAUUCGAAAAAUCUGCCCAGGAAAAUGUUGUUUAUUCUGAUAAAGAGAUGACAACCCCAGCCAAGCAGAUUAAGAAACUGCUACUCCAAGACAAGGAAAUAUGUAUACUUUGUCAAAGAACAGUUUAUCCAAUGGAGUGCCUAGUAGCAGACAAGCAGAGUUUUCAUAAAUCUUGUUUCCGAUGUCACCACUGCAACAGUAAACUGAGUUUGGGAAGUUAUGCAUCACUUCAUGGACAAAUAUAUUGUAAGCCUCACUUUAAACAACUUUUCAAAUCUAAAGGAAAUUAUGAUGAAGGUUUUGGACACAAACAACACAAAGAUCAAUGGAAUUGUAAAAAUCAAAGCAGCUCAGUGGACUUUAUUCCUAAUGAAGAACCAAAUAUGUGUAAAAACAGUGCAGAAAAUACCCCCUUACAUGAUGCUCUUAAUAAACAUUUAGAUGCUGGUAACAGUGAAGGGCAAAAGGAUGAUUUGAGAAAAUUUAGGGAGAGGGGAAAAUUAAAAGUCAUCUGGCCCCCCUUAAGGGAGCUGCCGAAGAAAGCCUUCCCUCUUGAGGAAGAGCUCAAAAUGUGUAAACCUAAAUGGCCACCUGAAAUUACAACCCCUGCAUCUGCUGUGUUUAAAAGUGAUUCACUGAGAGAACACAUUAAAACUCUGGAAAAUAAAAGAAAAGAGCAAUAUAACCUUUCUUUCCUGCAGCCAUAUCUGCAGUCCAUGCAUAUGUGUCAGAAAGGGGAUGUUACCAGAAUCAAAGAAAUGGAAAUGUAUGAUGCGCAAAAAGAUGAGAAGGAAGGAAAUAAGAACGUGCAAGAUAAGCUGAAUGAGGCUGAAGAUACAAAGAAUAAGAGGAAAAGUGAAAUAGAUCUUAAUGACAACAAUAAUGUGGUUGUGCAGAGUGCUGAGAAGGAGAAAAAUGAAAAAACUAAUGAACCUGAUGGUACGGAAGUUUUACAGGUUAAUAACACUGAAGAUGAGGUAGUGUCUGAAAAUCAUAAAGAGAAUUUGAAUAAGAAUAAUAAUAACAAUUAUGUUGCAGUCUCAUAUCUGAAUAAUUGCAAGCAGAAGACAUCUAUUUUAGAAUUUCCUAAUCUAUUACCACUGUCAAGUGAAACAAACUGCACUGCAAGUGAAUAUCAAAUUGAAAAUGUAGAAAAUGCAUCUAGAAUCUCAGAGUUACUUGGUAUAUUUGAAACUGAAAAGGCUUAUUCUAGGAAUGUAUUAGCUAUGGCUCUCGAUAAACAGACUGACAGAGGUACUGCUGGCAGUCCUGUGCAGUCUGCUCCAAAAUCAGACCUCAGCAGUGCAUUCAUAGUAAAGGGGAAAAGUUCAAAGACCUCUUCUGAUAAGAAUAUCUUACACAUCAAAGGAAAUCACUCAAAUAACAAAAAUCUCCACUUCUUCUUUUCUAACACUGUGAAAAUUGCUGCUUUUUCCAAGAAGAAUGAGCACAUUUUUGAACGUGAUUUAAUAGAAUCUGUAGAUCAAAUUAAAAAUAUGCCAUGUUUGCAUUUAAGAGAGUUUGGGAAGAACAUCAAACAUUGGCAUGAUGAAGCCACGGAGUUAGCCCACAUGAAUGGAAACACAAAUGUUAAGGCCCUGAGCAGUGGAUGUGCAGCUAAGCCUUUGCAUCUCACUGUGGAGGUCCAGCCUCAAAAACUCACUGUGGAAGAGCAAAUUAAAAGAAAUAGGUGCUACAGUGACACUGAGUAAAACAUCUCUGGCCACUUGCAAACCACGCUCAGGCAGAAGAAAUACUGAUCUCCUGAAAUAAGUCUGGAAUAAGUCUAGGAAUCUGAUUAACCUCUACUUGCAAAUGGAAUGUUCAAAAAAUCUCCUGUCUGUCACAAUGGGAUAUUCCUUAUAUUACAUCAUAUAGUGUUUUUCAUAAUUAGUUUGA